GUAUUUACAGGAUCCAAAGCUCUUCAGCACAUUCCAGUUGUAGCCUGUGUAGAUAAAUACAAGGGCAAAAACCCAAAAACACUUUGGGGAGCUUGGACCACUGCCAGCUUGCCUGGGUAACUGGACUUUGCAUGGAGCUGGAAGGGUGUUUUUUAAAAGGAGGGAAGCAGAAGAGAACAGCUCAAGAAUCUUGGCUCAGCCCGGGCAUAUUUCCUCCUAACUCUGGCUAAACCUCAGCACGAACGGCUGGACGGAGGAGUCGAUACGAAGCUGGGGAGCGAGGCUGCAGGGCUCUCCACCAGGACUACGGCAGAGCUUGGAGAGGCUGAAACCAUGCUUUUCCUUUGGGCGCUGGCGUUUGCUUUAGUCCUGCAGGAGCAAGAUCUCUUAGCUGCUGCAGACCCUAUCAGUGUGUUACCUGGAAGUCUGGGAAGAGGAAGCUGGUGUAACGAACAUGAUACAAUCCACAAACGUUUAGAUAUUAUUGAAGAGAAGGUAAUAAAAACAGUGGAGCAUCUAGAAUCGGAAGUCAAAUCGCUCCUCAACAUCAUCAGUGAGACGACAUCAAAUAUCUCCAUUGCUCCAGGAACCCCACUUAUAGACAUUUUUGAUGAUACCAGCUGAGCACCGUGAAGACAGAAGACAGCUGAAUGUAGCAGUAUAGUUUUCGUGAAUAGUUGCACUUUUGUUCAUUUAAUAAGCUUCUGUUUCCAGAAUUUGAGCAGGGAUGAACAAUCUUCAGCUGUAGUUUGCCUUACGUGUUCCUGUGCUUUAUAAUAAACAGGUACUUGCUUUUA